UUUCCCUGUUGACAGCAGCAGCAGACCUAACUGACACUAUCCCACUAAGCUAGCCUGUCAGCUAGCUAGCUAGCUGCACAACACCCAUUGGUCACGUCUAAACCAAGCUAACUACUCUAUCAUCAGAUAUCCACCAUGGAUUUGAAUACCGUCGUGUCGCAGCUUGAAACUGCCAACGAAGAGGAUAUCGAGAAGCUUCUGCAGCAGUAUAAUCGAGAGAACAGUCACACCUUCAGUUUUGACCCAAAGGAAGAAACCCUGCGGAGUAAGCUGUGUCAGAGUGUGUUGUCAGUCCUCGAGAGGCAGGUGCAGCCCAGCUGUCAGCAAACAUGUCUGGUGACACUCCGCAUCCUGUCCAGAGACAAGCGUGUCCUCGCACCUGUAGCCACCAGGGAGGGCAUGUUGAUCCUGGGAGGCAUGGCGAGGCUGAAUGCUGGAGAGGAAGGAGAUGACAACCAGAAAAACUCUCAGGAAGACACCCAGUCAGAGGAGGAGGAGAGGGUGGUGGUGGAGGCUUUGAAGUGCCUAUGCAAUGUGGUGUACAACAGUCCUGCUGCCCAGCAGGUCAGUGUAGAUGUGCAGCUGGCUCACGGCCUCUGUGCCAGCCUGCGUACAGCCCGCACAUGGCACCAUGAGGUGGGCCUGUUCACACUGCGCCUUCUCUUCCUGCUGUCUGCACUGAGACCUGAUGUGAGAGGGGUUUUGAGGAGAGAAUGGCAUGCUGUGAGACUACUGACAGAGGUGCUGGAGCACACCCUGGAUGUGCGCUGGGUUGGUCCCUAUGAAGCUGCCCGUCCAGAUCCGCAGGCCCUGCCCAUGCCUGCUGAGGACAAUGAGCGAGCAAUGGAGGCACUCAAGGCCUUGUUCAACCUCACACUGUCUGACUCUGGUGGUGAGGAGGAUGACCACCAGUUCAGACUCAUUGCUGCCAUCCUGCGUCAUCUGUUGAUGCUGAAGACUGAGACAGAGGAGAAAACAGAGGAAGCACACAGCCAUGCUGUCAACCUGCUGAAUAACCUGCCUGUGUCCUGCCUGGACGUGUUAAUCGACGUGCCUGUCCAGGGAGGACUGGAGAUAUAUGGUGGGAAAAACAUGGAUGCAAUCCAGAAGUUAAUAGACUUCAUGGAGAAAAGAAUGGACAAGCAGGGCUCCAACUACAAAGAGGGUUUGACUCCGGUGCUCAGCCUUCUGACUGAAGGAUCCAGACAUCACAGGGAGAUCCGCAGAUAUAUCAAAGCUCAGGUACUUCCCCCACUGAAAGAUGUGAAGAUCAGGCCAGAAAUUGGCACCACCACCAGAAACAAGUUGGUUCGCCUUAUGACACACGUCGACAUGGGUGUGAAGCAGACGGCUGCAGAGUUUCUCUUUGUCCUCUGCAAAGAAAGCGUGGACAACCUGUUGAAGUAUACAGGAUAUGGAAACGCAGCAGGGCUCCUUGUGGCUCGAGGACUUCUCGCAGGAGGGAGAGGAGAGACUCAGUACUCUGAAGAUGAAGACUCAGACACAGAGGAAUACAAAUCUGCAAAACCCUUCAUUAACCCCAUCACCGGUCACGUGGAGGAGCCAAUGCCGAACCCCAUUGAAGAGAUGACGGAGGAGCAGAAGGAGUACGAAGCCCAGAAACUUGUCAAUAUGUUUGACAAGUUGUCAAGGCAGAACGUGAUCCGCCCGAUGGGGGUCAGGCCUGACGGGACGUUAGCACCUCUCGAAGAAACACUCUGUGAUCCACCCGAGGACUCUGGAUCAGACUCUGAUUAGUGCACUGCACAUUUAGGCCACAUUUUCCAGGCGAAGCCCACUUGGCCCGUACACAUCUGGAGCUGUGUCCCAUUUGAAGGUCUGGAUCCUUUGAAGGAAGGUGUCCAUGAAGAUGGGUCCUUUGGAGGAGUUUAAAGAUGGCUGAACCUGUUUACGGUAACUGAGCAGAGGUAGCAAUGGUCAGUCAGUAGAUACACGCGCUGUACUGAUACCUCCCAAUAACUCAUACUCCAUUAACUUAAACUUUAAUUGGUAGAUAUAAGCACAGUGUGUGGAUCUAGAGUCAGGACCAGUCUCACUGACACUCAAACUAAUGCUGGAAUUUAGGAUCCGGUUUUUAACUCGUACUACCAGGAAGUUGCCCUUCAAAUGCAGCACAACUGGCAAGUAGUGUAUCAGGUUAAUGGUAAAGGUAUCCACGUAACUUCUAUUCAUCUGUACGUUUAUGCCAGGUCUACUUAUACAAUAUGUUGGCUUGUUAUAAUGUCUGUCAUCAUGUUUGUCGUGUUCACACUGAUGCAGAGGUGCACUCUGAGUUGUCAUAUUCACACCAGAAGCGCAUUUCUCAGCGCCCGUCAGCAAGCAAAUUUGCGAAUCUGCUCUUUUCUAAUUACACAUAAAACUCUCUGUCUGCUUGUGUGUGUGUGUGUCUGAUCGUCUCUCUCGCUCUCUGUUCAGACACAACUGACAAAUAUGUGAAGUAAGUGAGCAUGAGUUGUAUAUUAUAUAAUUAGUAAGUAUCAGAUCUUUUAUAUUAUAUCUAAUAUAUCCUUUAUAUUGUUCAUACUAGAUUAUCAGUGUGUUUUCUUACCAGAUUUGCUUGCGGAAAAAAUAGACCAGAUGCCCUAAACUAUCGCUGCAGAUCGCAAGCUGGCUGUGGGGCUCGGGGCCACAGUGCAUCUUGUGUGAACAGCUUAAUCGCUGAACAUAAGCACGGAAAGGAAGGGGUUAGCGCUCCACAGAAAAUUGCUGUGCUUUGGCAUCCAGUGUGAACCUGGCGUAAGGUUGUCAGAAGUAUAAAUACUGUAAUACUUUAUCGAUAGCAAGUGUUUCAAACAACACGAUCUCCGUUAAUUACACAUUUGAUAGUAUCAAAAUUACCAAAGUGACAAAAAACAGAUCUACAAUCAGGUUUUCAAUCCAAGGUUAUGAAAAAAAGAAAAAAAAAUAUCCUAGUUUAUGAGCUUUUGUCAUUUUGCCGUGGUAUCAAAAGAGGCAUUAAGUGUCAUUUUAUAUACUGGAAUCAAAGUUCAAAUCCUGGUAUCACAAUAUUAACUCAAUCUAGAAAUAUGACUUCUGGUGAUCCAGCCCUGAACUGGGACACAGCUCAUCAUGAGGCCCUGUCGCAGCAGUGAGACAUUCACCACCACAGUGGAAGUGGACUUGAUGCACGGCUGAAAGACUCAACAAACAGUGGCAUCGUAAUGCGUAGGAGGCCUCCAUGGUUACUGUUGCACCUUCCUCAUUUACUUUACCGCUCCUUGAGUUUAAGAAAAAAAAAAAAAAAGAAAUAGAGGUAAUAAUAUAAUUCUUUGCUGGAUCAUGUGUAUCUCACUGAAAGCACUGUUAUUAUAGUUUGUUCAAAGUGUCAUUGGGUCUGAAUAAUCAUUCCUUCACCUCUGCUUUUUGUUUUACACUUUUUUUUAUGUUUAUCUGAUUUUGUUUUUCUUUGCGACAUGAUGAUUUUGUAUAUCUAGAUGAUUCAAGUGCACAUUAUACACACACACACACACACACACACACACACACACACAUUUAAACAUAAAAUCAUUGAAAACUGUUGGUUUAAAAUCAUGGGGCCUGUCCAAGAUGGACCACAGGAUUGAUGUAUAUUUAGAAAUGGGGCCGUGUCGGUGUGUGAUAGAUUUAAUUUGCUCACAGUGAGUCUGUGUUUGGUUGUGUAAUUAUCAUGAAUGUUGCACACCAGUUAGUCGCCAAGGAAACCUUCUGAAUUCAGGGCUUGUAGGUUUACUGUCACUGAAAAGGUGUUUCGGACGAGAGGACUUCCUUUCAUGUAAAAUGAGGAAUUUGAUUAGAGCGAUGCAACAUUUUCCUGUCCUGGAUGAUAGUAAACAGAUAGUUUCUGCCUGUUGUGGACUCUUGACAAAUGUCUAAACUACAAUGAUUGUUUUCUAAUCUAUUUUAUUUUUGCCAAAUGUGCAUGAUGUUAAAUCAGGUUUCGGUGAUGUGAUUUUUUUUUUUUUCUUUUUCUAGAUUGAAAUUUUUGCUAAUUUUAUACAAAUCCACAUGUUUAGUGUCUGUAUGAACUGAGUAAUAUUUCUUUGUGUUGGUAAAACAUUAAUUUAAUAUAAAAGCUGCCAAUUCUGAAACAAGCUGCAUGUUUGGCUACAACUACACAACAGAUUUGGCCUCCGAACUGAAACCCUGCCUCAGAUUACAGAUGUUUGAUGUAUAAAAAAAAAUGCUGAUUACAAUCCAGAGAAACAGAAUAUUACUAUACCCAGAGAACAUGUGUCAUCAUUACGGGAAUCGGGGACAGUUCACUGGAUUAAUAGUGAAUAAUCAUGAUGAGCACAUGUUUGUUUCACUUGACCUGUGAGUCACCACCACUGCCUACUCACACACACACAGUAACUCAGAUAAGUGGAUUAAAAGGAUGGAUUGAUGGUGGAUUAAUAUUAAAAGGAAUAUUUAAAUUGUCUGGAGUCGGCCUCACACAGGCACAGAAGACUUUAUGAGUCACCUUUUGAAUUACAUGUGACUAAUUUUUUUUUCUACUUGUUAAGUCGUGAAAGGUCAGAUAUAUAGAUGAGUCACAAAUUAAAGGGGAAACCAACUUUAAAGGCUGACUUGCGUAUAUUUAAACCUGACCCUAUUCUGUCAUGUGUUUGUGUACAAGUGACUAAUGGAAACAACAGUUUUUGAAACUGGUCCAGUAUAGCGAGAGGGCUGCAGCCAGCAGGGGCAAAGCAGGCUGAAGUGUAACCACUCGGGGCAUUGCACACAGUCAGUUUAAGUUCUCCAAAAGUGCUGUUUUUUGCCACUGACAGCCUCAGAUUGUUAUUCUACAUGUCUGACAACAAUAUGGGAAGUAUCCCUGCAAAGUUGGACCUUUUUGUUUAGAUGAAGAUCCUAUUUGUUUAACCAGACACAGCCCUGAAUCACCCAGUUAGAUUUGAAAAUAUGUUGGCUCUAUACAUG